AUGUUCCACUGCUUAUUAGUGAGUCGGAGUGUCGGCCUUUAUUCGGUUGAACUUGCAGAAAAGGUGCUGCCAGUUGAUGGGUAUGUUGAUGUCAUUGCCAGAUUAGUCGUGUUGGCUCUUCUCGGAGCAUCGGAGGCCGUGACCUACUACAAGAACAACAUGGCCCUCAGUUGGUCCAAGUUCAAGGAGUCUCCGAAGUCUCCCAAGACCACGGCUCCAGUUUCGCGGGCUCGGCCUGACGACGAGAAGUGCGAGAGCCGUGGAAAGCGGCUUUGCACGUCCAUGACCCAGAAACAAACCGUGGAAGUGGAGGACGCCAGUUCCAGGAGCUUUUUUGCAUUGGUUUUGAUCACCGCGGCGGACGCAGGUCUGCAGUCCAAAUCGGACGCCUGGUGCCCCAUCGUCGAGGACGACUUCCAGUCACCGAACUACGUGGAAGCGGUGAACGUUCACCCGACCUGUAAGAAGAUGACCGACGACAAGGCCUCCAGCUCCUGGACCUGGCCCAUGGCCGACGAGCGCCGGGACCUGAAGGAGGCCUUGAUGGGGGCACUCACACUGAUUUUGACAUGGCAAGCCGUGGCGCAGGUCUAUGCCUGCUGCGAGGUGGUACCUGAUAUCGAAGUUGCAGAGAAUGGUUCAAUCCAUGCCGCCACGGGGCAUUUGAGCUGUGAUCGAAAAAGACUGGGAUGGAGUCCGCGCGGCAUCCGUUGGCGGAAUCGACCCUUGACCUGGCGAUUCCAAAGCCCCAAAGACGCCUUGCGCCUCGGAGCGCGGAAGAACGUGAGGGACCGACCCGUGCUUUUCUCUCCGAGACGGCGCACUUUGGGCGGCGAUGGGCCUGUGGAGAGGACCCGGGACGUCAACACCGCCGACCGGAAUGAGCUGGUCCUGUUGCGCUCCGAUCGCUGGCGGAAGGUGGGUCUGGAGGGCUGGACGGACACCGGCAACGUGGGGAGCUACUUGGGAAAGGUCUAUCCCAACCAGAUCCGAAUCUACUGGAAGAUCUUGGAGGCCGGGAAGCACAUCAUCGACAACAACUCGGGCAUGUACCUCUUCACCGACCCCAAGCGCCUCGCGGGCUGCCUGGGCACGGCCGGCGCCACGGCGAACCCCGUGGGCUUCAUGGCGCCUGAGAGCUUUCCACAGCAGCCGCCACGGAGCGCGGAGGAGUUGUGGGCCUACAAUCGCCAGGGAGCCUAUGGGAAGAAGGUGCAAGGCAUGAAGUUUGCGGCGAUCACGCUGAAGGAGAAUGCUGAGAAUGGAGGACGAGAGCGGGAGACUACGAGAUCCUCUUCGGCAACGUCCCCCCCCAGCGACGCUGCCCUGCCGGACUCCGACUGCGCGGCCAGCGCCGGCGUGGCCUUCGCCGCGGGCGCGCGCCCGGGCGCGAAGGUCCGCGCGAGCGGCGGGCUGGUGGCGACGUGGAAAGGAACCACCUGGAAGGUCUACAUGGCGCGGGACCCGUGGCCAUCUUUCGGGAGCCUCAACACCAAGUGCCAGGAAUUGGAAAAGGCCGUGCCGGUGGCUGACCGCUCAGAAUGCCAAUGGAAGGCUGUGCUUGCAGGCCAUUCCUACUACCAAUUCUUGACCCGCAGCAACCAAGCGGCACUUUGCGGUACCUCGAGCACCUGCAACUCCCCAGCGACAGGCUUGGCUGAGAGCUGGGAAGUCUUCUCGAAGAAUGGGCCAUACUUCUCCUAUGGUCCCGACACCAGCUGCAAGGCACCUGAGAGCCUGGUCUACACAGGCCCUGGCUUCUGCGCCAAUGGUCAAGUGUUUUCUUCGAGUGCGUGGGCCUUGGCUGAGAGCAAGUAUAGCACCCAGCAGUUUCAGACCGAUCAGUACAAGGCGUGGAUGAAGACUGCGUGGGCCAACUGCUUGGCCAAAGAUGCCGACGUGACCCAUGUGAGUGUCUGGGUGGACGCCGGAUACAGGUGCUACAAGACCUUGGAUUGCCGGCCCAAUGGCGCCGGGAACGUCCAGACCUUUUCGGGUGCUGCUUUGGGAAAGGCCUUUGUGCACCUGCGGAGCCAGGGGGGUGCAGUGGGGAAGUCCUAUUUGGGCACCAACGUGCAUGGCACCGUAACCUUCUUGGCACCUCAGGACGACCAGAGUGGACUGCAGCGCUGGGUCUUGAGGAAAGGCGCAGGGGAGUGGUACACCAUCCGAGUGUGGGAAGGCACCAAAGGGCGCUUUUUCCUGAGCAGCUCUGGGAGCAAGGCCAUCCUCGUGGCGAGUGAUGAUGGCAGUGGCUUGCAGCGCUGGAGCAUCACCAAGCGCCCGGGAGGCUAUUUCAACAUCCAGGACAGCAGUGCCAAGAAGUUCUUGAGUUGGAGCGCCAGUGGAGCCAUUGAGUUGAGCGACGCCGACGACGGCAGCGGACGACAGAGGUGGCUCAUUGGUUUUGAGGCGGAUGCCGCAGUCCUCACAGCCUGGGCGGAGAAGAACUUCGCCAAAUAUGGGAACACCAAUUUGCCAGCGAAUCGGGUUGUCACCACACGGCUGAGCAGCGGUGACGUGGUCACCUUAAAGGGCUUCACCCACACGCGGGACUACGCGCGCGGCUUCUUGCGCAAUGCUCCGGGCACGGCCACGGCGACAGUGAUAGGGCUGGAGCCGGGAGCACUCUAUGUGUGGCGUGUCUACCAGUCAGCCAGACUGGUGGCCGGGGUGAACGCGAUGAAGGUGAACAACAUCUUCGAGGCGGAGCAAAUCGUGUCCUCGAACACCUUCACACCUCGGAAGCGGGGCAUGACCGCGGCGGAUAGCGGGGGACGCUUGAUCUUCACCUUCAUACGGCAUUCACUCCACGUGCAGCUGAGCGGCUUGGCGGUGAAGCGCUAUGACGAGGCCGUGGAUGAGCACCUGUCGACCUGGGAAGAGAAUAAUUUCAACAACCGGGGACAGUCCAACUUGCAAUGGACUGCCACCUACACCUAUUACCUCCACAACGGCUACCGGUGCGAUCUCUCGGGUUGGACGCACACACGUACCUAUGCCCAUGGAUUUCUGCGGAACCGACCUGGCUGGGCCAAGGCCGUUGUCUCGGGCUUGGUGCCUGGUGCGGAGUAUGCAUGGAAGGUCUACAGCACCACCACUGCGAAUGUGUGGAAACACGCAAGGGUGAACAGGCUCAGUGUGAAUGGAGACCAAAAAGGCUGGUGGUACACUAUGAAAGCUCCUUCCUUUGCACCGGCACGGAUCGGAAUGACUCAAGCUAGUGGUGAUGGCAAGAUCACUUUCCUAUUCUACCGGCAUAGUCAUCACAUCCAUUUCUCUGGUCUGGCCGUGGCGCGACUGCACCGACGCCCUGUGGUGCAUGCGCCGCAACCAAGCUUGGCCGCCUGCAAAGAGACCUGUGCCUCCAUGGGCGCAUCGUGCACGGGCUUUGAGUUCACUGCGAACCAAUGUGCUUUCUGGUCCACUCCCAUCGCUGGGGCCCGAAAGACGACCGGCUCCGAGUGUGUGGCGGUCACGCCCGAGCACGUCUAUGGGGUGCGACACACGGGCAAGGGUGGCGACGGAAAGCGCUUCAGCCGCGGCCCAGGUGGCCUCCUCGGAACGGAGGUGCCCAAUGGCGAAGCCAACUACCAGACCGGGCCAUACGAGCUCCUCAAGGCCCAGAGUCGCUCUCAUUGCCAAGCAGAGUGUAGUGAGAGAGGCUGGUGCGUCGGGUAUGGCUACAAGUUCGGCCGGAGCAUCGGCUCUGGGCCAAACUGGCAGCUGAAUGCAUGUCACCUGGUGGAUCGCUUGGCUGCUGGGGCCACGGGAAUCACGGAAUUCACCUCCUACAGCAAGGUUGGUGCAUGGGUGGAUCAUGGCCUCGGUCGUCGUUGCGGCUUAGAGGCGAAGUUGAUCUUGCAGGGACAAGGCUACUGCACCACAGGCCAGAUCUAUUCCAGUCGAGCAUGGGCCUUGAGCUCCAGCACCGAAGGUCGCAAAGGCUUCAAGAGCGGAGAGUAUUCCUCCUGGGUGCAGACCGCGUGGCAACGCUGCAAGGCGCUCAAUGCGCAGACCAGCCAUGUGAGUGUCUGGACGGACGCCGGCUUCCGCUGCUACGUGGGAAGUUGCAAAGUGCAGGAGUUGACGAACGUGAGGUCUUAUGGGGAGGUGAGCCACGAGAAGCUGUCAACCUUGAAAGAGCAGAGCUUCUACAAGAAAUUCCCGAAGCAAGUGACCUUGAACGUGCACAAGACCUACCAUUUCAAGUUGCAGAAUGGCUAUUCCGUGGCUUUGACCGGAUGGACUCACACUCGGACCUAUGCCCUGGGGUUCUUGCGCACCGCCACAGGGCCGGCCACGGCGCCUGGGAGGAAGUCCACGGGAGUCCACCGCGCUGACGUGAGACACCGCGGGGAGACGCGGUGGUCUCGGGCCUUGAGCCUGGCGCUUCCUAUGUGCCUCGAUGGGUUCGGAGGUGGACCGGGGGAGGCCUGCGUGGUGGGCGCCCGGUGCGAGGCGCCUGUGGUUGGGGAGGAGUGUCCGGUCGGAUCCAACGAGGUCUGGAAAUUCUACCAGUACAACAAUCAUCCGAUUGUCUACGGCUGGAACAAUCUCUGGGCGAACAACAUCUACCAGGGGAAAACGUAUCAGGGUAAGAGCAUGAACCCCGCAGCGUUGGGAAUGAGCACGGCCGAUGCUCGGCGAGACGUGGUUCCACGGUCGGGACGUCCCAAGGAGGACGCGAACGGGCGGAUUGAGUUCAAGUUCGCCAAGGUCUCUGCGCGCUUUGUGCACCUCUCGCACCUGGCCAUCCGGAAGCUGCGCGAGGCCAAGAUGGAAGCUUUGCCUCCAUUGUCGAAGCAGACCUUCCUGCCUCACCCGCAUCCCAACCGGAACCUCAAUGAGAAAAUGGGUUACAUCCACAUGUUGAGCAAUGGCUAUGUCGUCGAACUGAAGGGCUGGACCCACACCCGGACCUAUGCCAAGGGCUUUUUGCGGAACAAACCUGGCGCUGCGUGGGCCAAUGUCUAUGGCUUGGAGCCAGGCAAGCUCUAUGCUUUCAAAAUCUAUCAGUUUGCCCACGGCCGUUGGGGCCCGGGUUGGAACCCGCUCAAAGUCAACGGCAAGUCUCUGGGUCGGACGUUCACUGGACAAACGUCCACGAAGGCGACGAAGAGUGGUGCCACACGAGCGAACGAGGAGGGCAAGAUCCGCUUUCAGUUCAUCAGGCAAUCGCCCCAUGUGCACCUCUCGAGUAUCAGCUUGGCCCGCGUGGAGGAGGAGGAAGGUGAUGGCUACUUGUCAACACUCCAGGAGAACAGCUUCAAUGACUGGCCUAACGCGAAUCUGAAUCCCAAACACGGGUACCACUACAUGCUGAGCGGCGGCUUCAGAUGUGUUCUUUCUGGUUGGACGCACGUCAGGAGCUACGCCAUGGGAGUCCUGCGGAACCGGCCUGGGUCGGGCAGAGCGCUCGUGGUGGACUUGAAACCCAACAAGCUCUACACUUUCCGGAUCUACCAGUUUGCUUCGGCGGCGCCUGGCAAGAAUGGGCUGAAAGUGAACGGUGGGCAAAUGGUGACCACGGUCCAGGGCAAGAGCACUGCCCCCACCUUCGAAGGGAUGGCCCGGUCCAAUGCCAAGGGCCAGCUCAUCUUUGACUUCUUUCGCCAAUCGCAUCACGUUCACCUCUCCGGCAUUGCCAUCGGAGCGCUGCACGAGACGGUGCCGCAGGCGGCGGUACAGGUGCUGGCCGGCCAGACGCUGGACGAAUGCAAGCGCGGCUGCGAGACGAGGGGAGGCUGUCGAGGCGUGGAGUACGACGCGGCAAAGAAACGCUGUGACCUUUGGAGCUCCGCCGUCGGCACGACGAACGCGGAGCCGUCGAAGCAAUCCACCCGUCCCGUCCCGACGAAGACCUCCGUGUCCGAGCCGUUCCGUUGGCCCCGCCAUGGCCACGGGCGAGAGCUUGGGCGAGUGCUGGAGGCCUUAGAUGAUCUCACGUGGACGGACGAGCGUCUGGAUCAGAUUCUGCGGGAGGCUGAUGCCAACCGCGACGGCAAGAUCCAAUACGGAGAGUUCGUCCGGUGGCUCUUCUCCGAUGGCAGCGGCCAGGCGGCGUUCUGUCGCACGGUGAAGGACCUGUCGAACGGCCUCCGAUUUCAGGUCGAGGCCUUGGUAGGUCUGCGGGAGCUCUGCGCCGUGCCGGAAGCCGAAAGGAGGAAAGCACUGGAGUCGAUGUUGUCGGUGCUCCAAAAGAUCGUGCAGGCGCCUUGGGAUGUUCGUGCACGGACCUUGAGCUGCAACGAGGAGCCAGGACGGGGCUGCGAUUGGCUCUUCUCCGCCGCCGGUUUCAUCGACGACCUCGACGAGCUCUCCUUGCCCUCGCGGACGGACCCCAGCUGGCUUGUGAAGGAGCUGCUGAAGUUCCAGGAGAAGGACUGGGACCUGUCGGAGGUGGAGCCCCCCGAGGACUUUCCCGAGCACAUGGCCUUGCCGCCAGUGGAGCAGGGCGCUCCGCCCAGGUGCCGGCUCUUCUUGGGGGUGUCCUCCCCCACGAGAGAGCUAGAAGAGCUUAUGCAACAGCUGAAGACGCUGCCGGAGAUGGACAAGAGGACCAGCCACGUGAGACUUCCCAAGACCAUGGGUGGGAAGUGCAUUCCUCAGACUCUGGCCAUGGAGGACUUCAUGAUGGACGAGGUAGGGAUGAAGCCACUGGCGCACAAGUACUUCGUGCAGGGCGUCAAGGCCUUUGAGCUCCCCACGCCUUUGCACGAACAGCCUGAGGAGAAGGAGCUGGUUUACAAAGGAGUGGGCCAAGAUGGCCUGCCCUGCUCCUUCAAGGCAUCGGUGAAGGAGGUGAAGCAGUGGCAAUCCUCAUUCCGCACCUACUACGCGGCGGACAUCUACCAGGGCGAAGAAGGCAAAGACCUUGUGAGCCAAUCCUUACAGGGCAAGUCCGAGGCGGGUGAAGAGGCCUGGAAGAUGAAGUUUGCCAUCAGGUGUAGCAACAACCCAGUGAUCAUGCGCUUCGAUGGGCGGGUGAUUCCACGGGAAGUGCAGGAUGAGGUCUUGACGCGGAUUUGGCUGGUCUCGGUGUGUGGCAUCGACUUUGCCUCGCGCGUGCAUGACCAUGUGGACUUGACCCACUACAUCAAGAACUGGAAGGAGGUCUACAUCUUCGACGAGGACGGGUAUCCCUCUGUGAAGCACGGGAGGGACUUUGAGCUCAGUGGCAAGACGGCGCAGCUGAACGUCACCAAAACACUCUUCGACAUGAAGAAGAUGUGCCGGCUGCGGCUGCGGGCACAGGAUGAUCUAGGCAUCCGGGUGGUGGUGGAGGUCGGCCUGGGCCUGGGCGUCUUCGCCGGCGACGCCAUUGGCAUUGGACACUCCGUGCGGCAGCUCUCAGCCAUGGCUGUGCGAAAAGUCUUGGAGGAGGAAACCUUUAAGCAUAUUUGCCUGGUGGUGCUGUCCUUGCCUAUCUUCUACGAGAAUGACACGUACGACUUCUAUGAGAAGGUCUUCGGUGAGGGCUACGAAGGCAACGUCCCGGUACUGCUGAUGGACCAGGAGCUGCGGAGCGCAGACAUGCACGCCAUCGCCGUGUGCGCGGCGAAGCGCGGCUUCACGGUGGGUGAGCUGAACCCCGCGGACUCCCACGGCGUCUUCGGGGAGUAUUGGCAGAACUUUGGUCCUGGGACAGAGGAGCGGGACGACGGAGAGGCUGUGAACCCCUGCGUCACGGACAAGAAGAACUACGUCGCGCUUGAUGUUCCCGAGCCAACUCUGAAGCACAUCGCCAAGAACCAAGCUGGAAGGGCGACUCACGAGCUGCGCAACGGAGCCAGGGAGCAGACGAUCCUGGUUGAACUGCGGGAGAAGGCUGAUGCUUUGCGGAUCGGAUGCUGCAGUAUGAUCCUCUUAGGCGCCCUGGGCGGAGGCCGGAGCACAGUGGAUGAACAGAUGGAAGCGGUCUCAGUUCUUUUCGCGCUUUGCACCACCCGUGGGUCCACUCCAUUGGGCCUGGCCUAUGUGGAUCUGGAUGCGCCCAGAAGGACCCUGUGGCUGUCAGAGGUCACGGACCCGGAGUUCCAACACGUGGAUCGUUUGAAGCACCAACUGCUCCAGGGCCCUGGGUGCCCACGCUCCGGGCUAUGCCUCGUGCCCUCGCGCUCGCCUGCAGAGCUGCUCGCGUGCGCAGCAAAGCCCAUAGAGACGCCGAAGCCGCCGGCCGCGCCGCCGGCCGCAGCGGGCGCGGCGCCGGGCGCGGAGCCUUUUCCGGUGGCCACGUUGAAGGCCUCGGACUUCGGCGCGGAGGGAGCUCGACGGCGGCUGGGGGAAGUCUGGCAGAGCCUGGCACAGGGAGGCAACCACAACCCGCGGAGCCUCUUUGCUGCGCUCAACGACAAUGAGCAGAUGCUGCGCGCCGGGGGCGGCCUGCUGAGGUUCUUGGAGCAGAACGGCGCGCUCCUGGGGGAGCUGCAGAAUCACGGGCCUUCCGUGCAGGACAUCCGGCUCUUCUCACCAGACGACACGGUGUUUAUCGAUGCCCAAACCAUGAUGGCUCUCCAGGUCUUUCAGGAGCAGCAGAACUUGUUGAUGAGGGUCUCCAACAAGGCUUCUGAGGGCCUCUCGGUGUAUUCGCUGCUAGAGCCGCUGGUGGCCUCCACUGGUGGCCAGAAGCAGCUGCGCCGCUGGCUCCGGCAGCCCAGUCGGCGGCGUGAGUUGCUGGAGCAGCGGCAGGAGGGGGUGCAGCAGCUCGUGGCCCUUCUGCAGGGCUCCGGCGCCGAGCUGGUGCGGCAGCUGCACCGGGAGUUGCGGAUGACGCAGGAGUUGCCCAAACUCUUGUCGCGCAUGCAUCGAUGCUACAACUUUGACAACAUGGUGGAUUGGCGCUCGUUGGUGACCAGCCUCGGACACAUGUCGACGGCCUUGGAGAUUCUUCAGAAGGCGAGUCGCCUUUGUGAUCAGCCCGUGGCGGCCUUCACAGCAGGCAAGGGCCUGAUGGGUGACAUCUCUGCAGCGGAGCGUGUGCUGCAGCGCGUGGUGGAUUGGGAGCGGCGCCCUUCGCCCGCGGAAGGUGACUUAGAUGCGAGCUUGGUGCACGUGCAGAGCGGCAUCGAUCCCAAGCUGGAUGACUUGCGCCGCCAGUAUGCGCAGCUGGAGCCGCAUUUGUCGAAGAUGGCGGGCUUGGAGAGGCGGCGCCUGAAGAACCGUUCGGAGUCGAUCGUCUUCCACUACUUCCCACAGCUCGGCUUCCAUGCCUCGUUGCCGAACCCCACAGGGGAGGAGAGCCUGGAUGCCUUGCGGGAUGCUGUGCCGUUGCCUGCAGAAGAUUGGCACUUCCAGUUCGCAGGCUACGGGCGGCUCUUCUACAAGUGCGACUUAGCUCGGCGUUUGGACUGCGAAGUGGGCGACCUGGUGGUGGAUGCGCGUGGGGUGGAGCUGGAGAUUCUCAUGCAACUCUUGGAGCGCUUGAGAGCAUUGGAGUCGCGCCUGCGCAGUGCGAGCGAGCUGCUGGCAGAGGUGGACGUGCUCAUGGCCUUUGCUGCAGCUGCACUGCAGUGGAACUGGGUGCGGCCGAAGCUGGUCGAGGACGCGGGGCGUUUGCACAUCGUCAAGGGUCGCCAUCCCCUGGUCGAGGCGACCGCCCCAAAGGCUGCGCACGGCUUCGUGGCCAACAGUACGGAGCUGGGCCUGGAAGAGAAGCGGUCCUAUCGAGUGCAGGUCAUCACUGGGGCCAACCUCUCGGGAAAAUCUGUCUACUUGAAACAGGUUGGCCUUAUCACCUAUCUGGCACACAUAGGGUCCUUUGUGCCGGCGGAGGAGGCGCAGCUGGGUCUUUGCGACUUCAUCUUCUCGCGGAUCCAGAGCUGCGAGACCGCCACCGCACAGAUCUCCUCCUUCGCCUUGGACCUCUCACAGCUCUCGCUGGCGCUGAAGCACGCGACCCGGUCCUCGCUGGUCCUGCUGGACGAGUUCGGCCAGGGCACGCGCGCGGCGGACGGUGUGGCGCUGCUAGGGGCUGCCAUCGAGCAUUUCUGCCGCUGGCGCCAAGGGCCGAAGGUUCUGGUGGCGACACACUUCACAGAGAUUUUUCGCUUGGGCCUCGUCUCUGAAGAGGAAGAGCACCUGCAAGUGAGCCACUUGAGGGUUUUGCCACAGGACUCCGAGUUCGAGUGCGCCUCUUCGAUCGCCUACCUCUAUCAGCUGGUGCCUGGCUGUGCGUCUAAAUCCUUUGGCUUGGAAUGUGCGCGGAAGGCGGGGCUCAGCCCCGAGGUGCUGCAGCGUGCGCAGGAGGUGUUGGACAUGAUUGAGCAGAAGAAACAGGUGCCAGUGAAGGCGCCGGCGGAGCAGCAGCACGCCUUGAAGUGUCGGAAGAUCGUCCAACGGUUCCGCGCGUUGGACUUGGAGAACGAAGAGGAGACCAUGGCCUUCAUGGUGUUUCUGGCAUCGCAAGCAGAGCCGGCGGGGCCGAUCCGCACGUCGUCUGAGCUGGGGUCGACCGCGCCGCCGCCCGCCGCUUCCGCGCGUUCAGAUGGUUCAAACGUGUGGCCUGACAUCCUCGGACAAAGGUGUGGGGGGUGGACACACGGACGUCCGGGAAGCAUGCUUUUGCGGCGCCGAGCAGCCGUGGUGUGCUUCAGCCUCCUCCUCGGCGCGCGAGGUGUUUUCACGGAGCAGUUGCAGCAGCUCCAUGAAGAGGAGCCGGUGCAGGUCUUUAGCAACGCCGUGACAGAUGCCGAAGUGGCGGACUUUGAGCAUCUGAUCCAAAGAGGUCAAACCACCGCGUGCUGUGGCUAUUGGGCCCAAAGAGCGGCAGCAAACCUACAGAAAUUCGUGGUGCAGCAGCUGCACACGGACCGGAGGCACCUGGGGGAUGUGCAUCUGGACAACAUCACCGCUGUGCGGGGAAUCCGAGAUGAGCAUAGCCACUGGAGUUCGGUGGCCGUCCUUUACCUAGAAGACCCGGGUUCUACACAGGUGCAAUUGCAGCGCAGCAGCGAGCGGCACGAGGUGGAAGUCUUGCCGGUGGCGCGCGGCAGUCUCGUCCAGGUACCGGAAGGGGCUGUGCUUCUCCACUCAGAGCCACUUCGAGUCGCUUGGACGCGAGUCCGCAACGCCGAGGCGCCUCCCAGAGACUUCUUCGAGUUCUAUUUGGCGUCGUGGGUGCAACAAACCUUUGUGAUGCCCUACGACACCACCUCGCAGCGUCGCUUCUUCCGGAAGCAUACGCGGCAUCCGAGGUACUGGCAUGGAUUCCUUUGGAGUUUUGUCGGCACGUUCUGCACGGUCUUCCCCUGUUUGCCCCUUGCCUGGUUCGGCUUGCAAGCUCUUGCAAGGGCCAGCAAAGGCGAAGCCGACAGCAAGGACGAAGGUCUAUCGCCGACUCUGCUCCCGCGUGUGGGGCGGAAGGCCGGCAAGGCCGAACGGUCAGGACCUCCUUCCUUCGGCAAAGCCUUUGGCGACUUGGGCCUUGCGACGGACAUGGUCAAAGACGUGUCCAAGUCGUAGAGGAGCCAGAGGAGCCAGGUGGGACGUGCGUCUGCGCGCACCGGUGCAGAUUUCUCAGACUCGUUCCGUGGACGCGUCCAAGGACGUGUCCCAAAAACAGCGUCCUUGUUUUAGAAACCUGGCGGACAUCACACCAGAUGAGGAGAAGACUCAGACUAAGAUGCUUUUUGGGAC